GGGGUACAAUACCUACUACCCUUAUCCAAAUCUUUGAAAGUACACGCUUCUAGUCUAAAUCUUUCUAAAUUUGCCCACAACAAUGGCAUUUCACUUACGAGCACAUGAUUAUGCCCACAUCUGGGGCCACCUCCUCAUAAACAUCAAUUUCGUCAGCACUAAAGUGUUCCCUUCCUGGACUGGAGUGUGCUUUGCCAUUAGCAUGGCGGCAACCUGGCUUUUCGCUGUCGUCCUAGUACGAAUUCCAUCUACCUGCAGAAUGUUACUACAGGAUUUAUCCGGCCUUUGCACGCUAUGCUCGAUCUUUUCGGCAUUGUGGACAUGCGUCUUCCAAUGGUACGAUCAUGGGACCGUGAACCCGGAGAUGGUGACAUGGGCAGGUAAAGUCGCAGCACUGCAUCUUCAGGAACUCCAAUUAAUGUACAUGCAUACCGAAGAUGUUCUAAAACUAAUUGCCAUAUUGUUGGGUUCUAUGUUGGCGUGGCAGGUGGAGUUCGUAGUCAUGUUGUGUUUCUGGGGGAAUUUGCAGUGGAAAGAUCCGAUAGCGACAUUUUGGUGGUUGAUCACCUUGGGUCCGAUGAUUCAUGAUGAGGACGAACCGCCGAAUGAUCUGCACUUGUUUACAUAUUCCUCGCUGCUCCACGAGGAUCCUGAUUUGUUGUUCUUGCAACUUGACGAGAAAAUUUUUACAUCCGAAGUCUGAAUGCUCACGGCAUUGGGCUAUCUCUUCUAGACCUGGCUCUUCCAUAUCUUUCCUUAUCGCUACAUAUGUCGUAGGCACCUAGGGUGUGCGCCCCCAACAAAGUCUCUUUCAAAUUCUCCGUAUUAUUCCUCAUCAAACACUAAUUCAAUGCCUUCAUCCCUUGCGGCCGCUAUCGCAGCUUCUUGUCUCCCCUCAAAGUGCAUUUUCAAUGAAGUAAGAAUGUCACGCUGCCCUGCAAAACAACGUCAGAAAACCCCGCAACGACUUUCCCGAUGACCCACCUUCUAGGAGCAUCAAUCUCACC